UUUUCACAGAGCUGACUUCUGCUACAAGGAAGAGAAUAAAAGUGACAACCGUUUUUCUCUGACACAAAAAAAUCAAAAAUAAUUCUGAGGAAGGAACUACAGAACUGUAAUACAUACAGCUGUUAAAUACCUGUAAAGUGAAGAUGUCAUCUGCAAAAGGAGUUGCUAUUGGAAUUGAUCUGGGCACCACCUACUCCUGUGUGGGGGUGUUUCAGCAUGGAAAAGUGGAGAUCAUCGCCAAUGACCAGGGAAACAGAACAACACCUAGCUAUGUUGCCUUCACAGACACAGAGAGGCUUAUUGGAGAUGCAGCUAAAAACCAGGUGGCCAUGAACCCUAACAACACCGUGUUCGAUGCGAAAAGGCUGAUCGGCAGGAAGUUUGAUGAUCCAAUAGUGCAGUCUGACAUGAAGCACUGGCCGUUCCAAGUCAUCAGUGAUGGUGGAAAGCCAAAGGUCAAAGUUGAGUACAAAGGAGAGACCAAGUCAUUCUACCCUGAGGAAAUCUCCUCCAUGGUCUUGGUGAAGAUGAAAGAGAUUGCAGAGGCUUACCUGGGACAGAAGGUGACAAAUGCAGUUAUCACAGUUCCUGCAUAUUUCAAUGACUCCCAGAGGCAAGCCACUAAAGAUGCUGGUGUAAUCGCUGGACUGAAUGUCCUCAGAAUUAUCAAUGAGCCCACAGCUGCAGCCAUUGCCUAUGGGCUUGAUAAAGGCAAAGCUUCAGAGCGCAACGUCCUGAUCUUUGACCUGGGUGGAGGCACCUUUGAUGUGUCCAUCCUGACCAUUGAAGAUGGCAUCUUUGAGGUGAAGGCCACAGCUGGAGACACUCACCUGGGCGGGGAGGACUUUGACAACCGCAUGGUGAAUCACUUUGUAGAAGAGUUCAAGAGGAAACACAAGAAGGACAUCAGUCAGAACAAGAGGGCACUGAGGAGGCUGCGUACAGCUUGUGAGAGAGCCAAGAGAACCCUCUCCUCCAGCUCUCAGGCCAGCAUUGAGAUCGACUCCCUGUAUGACGGCAUUGACUUCUACACAUCAAUCACCAGAGCACGCUUUGAAGAAAUGUGCUCAGACCUCUUUAGGGGAACACUCGAACCUGUGGAAAAAGCCUUGAGAGAUGCCAAAAUGGACAAAUCUCAGGUUCAUGACAUCGUUUUGGUUGGUGGUUCCACAAGAAUCCCUAAGAUCCAGAAACUUCUGCAGGAUUUCUUCAACGGCAGGGAACUGAACAAGAGCAUCAACCCAGAUGAGGCGGUGGCUUAUGGUGCUGCAGUGCAAGCUGCCAUCCUCAUGGGUGACACAUCUGGAAACGUCCAGGAUCUGUUGCUGCUGGAUGUGGCUCCACUAUCCUUGGGCAUCGAGACAGCUGGUGGAGUCAUGACUGCCCUCAUCAAACGCAACACCACCAUUCCCACCAGACAGACCCAGACAUUCACCACCUAUUCAGACAACCAGCCCGGUGUCCUGAUCCAGGUGUAUGAGGGAGAGAGAGCCAUGACAAAAGACAACAACCUGUUGGGGAAGUUUGAGCUCUCGGGAAUCCCACCCGCACCUCGUGGAGUCCCCCAGAUUGAAGUGACCUUUGACAUUGAUGCCAAUGGAAUCCUGAAUGUGUCAGCAGUGGACAAAAGCACCGGCAAAGAGAACAAGAUCACCAUCACCAAUGACAAGGGCAGACUGAGCAAGGAGGAAAUUGAGAGGAUGGUGCAGGAAGCAGACAAGUACAAAGCAGAAGAUGAUCUCCAGAGAGAGAAGAUUGCUGCCAAGAACUCCCUGGAGUCUUACGCCUUCAACAUGAAGAACAAUGUGGAAGAUGAGAACCUGAAAGGCAAAAUCAGCGAGGAUGACAAGAAGAAAGUCAAAGAGAAGUGCAACCAGGCCAUCACCUGGCUGGAGAACAACCAGCUGGCUGAGAAGGAAGAGUAUGAGCAUCAGCUGAAAGAGCUGGAAAAAGUCUGCAACCCAAUCAUUACUAAGCUGUACCAGGGAGGGAUGCCAGCUGGAAGCUGUGGUGCUCAGACACGUGCCAGCUCAGGAGCUGCAUCCCAGGGGCCAACGAUUGAGGAGGUGGAUUAAUUAUGAGAUGGACAAUGUGAUUGUUCUUUGGUUUGGUUUCUUUGUACUGUAAUUGAAUUUACAUUUUUUGGACCAGUUAUUUAGAUGUUGUUGUGGUGAAUAUAAGUUUUUUUAUUUUCACUAAAUAUAUUGUAAUUUUGCCAGUAUUGCAAUUGGAAUAUUGCAAAUGGAAUGUAAUUUUUUGCUAGGAAUAUAUGUUCUGUUCUGUUUAAGUGGAUGUUGAAAUGUUACUGUGUCAAAAUGUUAAUGUUAGUUAGCAUGUCAUCUGCAUGUUAAGAAAUGUGGAGAAAUUUGUUUCCAUAUAUAUUUCAGUUGUGCAUGUAUGUGCAGGCAUAUGAUAAUUCACUGUGCCAUAUUCCAUACCUGAAAGGGUUCAGUAAAAUCAUUUUUCAUGGUUUGACACUGAACAUUUUCAAUAAACUAUUAAAAAUUAAA